AUGGGAACUUCUGAACUCCCAUCAGGAAAUUCUGAAAAACCUCAACCAUCUUCUGUACUACCAUCAGAAAAUCCUGAACAAAAUCAACCAAAUUCUGUACUCCCAUCACAAAAUAUUGAACAUCCUAAGGAAAUUUUUUUACUCCCAUCAGAAAAUCCUGAACAACCUCCAACAAAUUAUGUAGUCCCAUCACAAAAUAUUGAACAUCCUAAGGAAACUUCUGUACUCCCAUCAGAAAAUCCUGAACAACCUUCAACAAAUUCUGUAGUCCCAUCUGAAGAACAAGGAAAUUCUGAACAAAGAAAUUCUGAACAACCUACAGGAAAUUCUGAACCAGAUGGAAGCAAUGGUGACAAUGCUAGUCAGCCCACGCCAAGCCAAAGCACCCCAGAAGAGCAAGAAAAGCCUGUUGAAGCAGAGGUAAUUCCAGAAUCAGAUUUUAACAUAGCUCAGAAAAUUAGAAAAGGGGUUCAAACAAAACAGAAGGGGGUUCAGAUCAAAGAAAAAACUGGUGCAAAGGAAGGAGGACAAUCUUCACAAAAGGUUAUUAAAAAGGGAGUUCUAAAGAAGGGAAAAGAAGUUCAGAAAAAGGUUGAAGAAGUUCAAAAAAAGGAGAAAGGAGAAAAAGUUGAGAAGAUUGAGAAAAAAAAAGAAAGAGAAAAGUUGAUGAUGAUGAGCUGA